GCAGAUUAAAAGUUUACUAUGACGAAGGGUAAAAGGAAUCAAAUAGCUCCAUUGUCUCCUGCAGAGCACAGAAGGCCCAACCAAGCCUGAACAAAUACUAAACAACACGCAGAUUGUCAUCCGCUGACCUGGUGCCCAACUGUAAUAAAACUCUGCGUCCGCGACUCAAACCCAGCAUUAAAUUAUUCCGCUGGCUGCAUACUUGCAUAGCCCCCACCCCCGUCCGUCAGUCUUUGCUCAUCAGCUUCCCUUUCACACGUAUAAACCCCCCCUCCUACUGCGCCGCGCAGCGCCACGGCUUCCUCGCCACGCCAUCACCCAAGCGCAUCUCCUUCACCAAGUGUCCACCACUUCCGGGCAAUGUGACUUGCGGUCCAAGCUCCACAGGGGAAGAUGGUCGUGAGGUGCGUGCACGCCGAUGCCGGCGGCUUCCGGCUAUGGCCGAUCUUCUCGGCCACCGCGGUCCGGAGGAAGCUUCUUGAGGUGCUGACUUGCGGCUGUGGCGGGGGCGGCGGUUCUUGCCGCGGCCGGACGUCCUUCCGGUCGCCGAAGCCGCGGAUGCAACCGCAGCCAAGGCCGCGGUCCGACCGGCUCGCGGAGCUGCUCAGGGCUGAGCCGUCCGAGUGCGGCGGCGACGACGAGUGCGAGGCUGACGCGGCCGUCAGGAAGGCGGAGGCGCUGGAGGAGCUGAAGGUCGUCGUGGCUGCCCUUUGGGACGGAGACGAAGAAGACAAUGCCGGUGGCGUCACGUGGCGUGUCGAGGCGGCCACUGUUGUUCGGAGGAAAGCCAAGGACGACACCAUGGCCAGGGAGAUGCUCGCGAUGCUCGGUGCCAUCCCGCCGCUCGUCGCCAUGCUGGACGAGAGCGAGGGCGGUGAGGCGCUCCUCGCCGCCGCGCUGUACGCGCUCCUUAACUUGGGGAUAGGCAAUGACACAAACAAAGCGGCGAUCGUGAAGGCCGGCGCCGUGCACAAGAUGCUCUGCAUUGCGGAGGGCGCGUCCGGGGCCUUGACGGAGGCGCUCGUCGCCAACUUCCUCUGCCUCAGCGCGCUGGACGCGAACAAGCCCGUCAUCGGCGCCUCCGGUGCCGCCCCUUUCCUCGUGCGCGCCUUCGAGGCCGCGGCCACGGAACAGGUGCGGCAUGACGCCCUGCGCGCGCUCCUGAACCUCUCCAUCGCCGCGGCCAACGUGCCGCACCUGCUGGCCACGGGGCUCGUGCCGUCGCUCGUCGCCGCCAUUGGGGACAUGUCCGCGUCGGACCGCGCUCUCGCCGCGCUGUGCAACGUCGUGGCCGCGUGCCCCGAGGGCCGGCGCGCGGUGAGCCGCGUCCCGGACGCGGUCCCGGUCCUGGUGGACGUGCUCAACUGGUCCGACGAGGCCGGGUGCCAGGAGAAGGCCGCAUACGUGCUGAUGGUGCUGGCGCACCGGAGCUACAGCGACCGGGCCGCCAUGGCCGAGGCCGGCGCCGCGUCCGCGCUCCUGGAGCUGACGCUCGUGGGCACGGCGCUCGCGCAGAAGCGCGCGUCCAGGAUCCUCGAGAUCCUGCGCGCCGACAAGGGCAAGCAGCUGGCCGACGACGCCUCCGGAGGCGUCGUGGCCACGGUGUCGGCGCCGCAGGAGCGUGGCCGCGGCCGCGCCGGGCGGGAGGAGGACGACGACACGGAGGGGGAGCUCGACCUCAUGAGCAACGAGAAGCGCGCCGUGCGGCAGCUGGUGCAGCAGAGCCUGCAGAGCAACAUGCGGCGCAUCGUGCGGCGCGCGCGGCUGCCGCGGGAGCUCGCGCCGGCGUCGGCGGAGAACCUCAAGGCGCUCACCGGAUCCUCCACCUCCAAGAGCCUGCCGUUCUAAGGCAGGCGCAGAAAAACACAGAAACAAAGGGAAGCAGAGAUCGAGCAACGAGGAGACGGAGACUUUUUUUUUUGUUGCAUGGCAAUGGCGAUCGAUGGCAGCGUGAGCGUUGGAGACCGGGAAUCUCUGGUGCCUGCGGACGGCCGGAGUGAUGUGUACGAGAUGGCCUGUUCUUGUUUAUGUGCUGUGCUGAUGGAGUCCACGUGCUUGGAUGCGUCGGCAGAAGCUAAGCAAGCUCUGAGAUGUUCUUCUCACGUAAUAAUCGCUUUUGCUUUGUUGAGUAGUACUGCUUCGUCUCUCUGCUGUUCUUCCUUGCUUUUGUAAAUGGGAUAGUUCUGGUUAAUUUAUAGUCAUAGUACUUCUACACCAGCCUGGUGGUCAGUUUCAGGCUUCAGCCAUGGUUGCUCUUUUCUUUAGACUAGCUGGAGAAAACUGACCAUUAUGCGAAAAUACGGAAGCGUGUUUCACACCAUUCAUCUUUUUUCUUACUUUUUCAUUCAUUAUCAAACCUGUCUUUUUGUGUAUCAUAACUUAAAAUUGAUGCAUAUUUUUUUCUAUCA